UCCUGCUAUCUAUUUCUGCUUCUAUCCGUGAUCGUGCAGUUGAUCAAUUAAUGCUGCGUUAUAAGGAAAUUUUAGGAAUUUAACGUGUUACAAAAACCAUGAAAUUAUUUCGGUUCACCUUCCUAUUAAGCUGGCUAGUAACGUUACAAACCGGUGCGUUUUCGGAGAAGGUUUGCGAUGAAUUGCCGUUUGAAAUAUGCAGUCUGGCAACGCAGUUGUCCCAGACAACCAUCCGAAUGCUCCUAGGCCAGGCCACAAAUAAUCAGACGUCGCUCCACGACCUGGUUUCCAAUGUCUGUCAAGCUCUGAACAGCACAUCCCGCACUUGUCCCGACACUUUGACCUCCGCUUGCCUCUCCCUCAGUCCUCAGCUUUUCCAGGUCCGUUUGGCUGCCCGUGCCGCGCGGCUGUGCCACAUCACCACGACCCCGGACACUCUGAACAAUUUACUGGCGUGCAACAGCACAAGCUGGCUGUAUGCAUUCCAGACGAUCCAAGGCUCAGUUAUCGACGAAGUACUGCAUCAAAACGGCUCGGUCGAGGGUCCAGCCGUUGAUACCGUAGUGAUGGGCGCUGAGUGCCGAAUACUAAGGCAAUACUAUGGACAACUUCCUCAUAUUUUCGUCAAAGAACAAUGUGGCGUAGAGCCAGGAAGUCUUCUUAGUGGAUUCAUGACCACAAUCGAGGAAGGGUACGGUUGUGGAUUAUCGCUCCCGAAUGGGUCACACCGAAUUGUGACUAGUGUUGGAGCUGUUACCUUGACUUUUAUUUUAUGCUUGGUUGCAAAGUUAGUAAAGUUGCAGUGGUAACCACUCCCAGACAAUCAAUGACCAGUGUAGCUAGACAAACGUCUCCGGAAGACGAAGACAUCAGGCGCAUUGUAUAAUAUGCAUAAAACACGGAAGGAAGCACUUCCGUUCCUUCCAAAUUCUUCCAAUAUUUUUAAUUUUUUAAUGAUUAUAAGGCGUACUAAUUAUGAAGCGGAAAGUAUAAAGCAGAGACCGAAUCGUAAUCACUUCUCGGUUUUGCUAC